AUGGCACCCACCACCACCACACAACCCACACCUCCAUGGAAUGCCAUCAUUAAUUAUAAUUUCAACAAUCAUCAUGCUCAAAACAAGAGCAAUGCCAGUAAUACAGCUGCAUUCGAUAGCAAUGUCGAUCAAUUAUUUUCAAAGGUGGAUCAUUACUUUCAAAGUCGAGCAGCGCUGAAUAACAACAACGACCAUCCCAACAACAAGGUUUUGGAUCAUUUUCUUCAGCAACAAGUCGGCGUUGCUUCUUCUUCGGGACCCUUUGUAGCGCAACAUAAUCCUCAUGCCAUUCCACAAAACUCCUCACCGCUUCCUCCUCUUCCCACUCGUACUUCCUCUCUCAUUUCGUUUCAUCCUUCCUCCUCGACUACAACACUUCAACAACAAGGCUCAACACAUUCUCAUGAUUCAAUACCACAACAACAACACCCGUAUGAGAGACAUGCAACCACUCAUGAGAUGCAUCGUCAUUCCGUUGUUGGAACCUACAGUCCUCCUUCCUAUCAACAACAGACCCAUUCAGAAUUAUCACCAACGUUCCUUUCAAACAGUAACCACAGAAAUAGCAUGUCACCACAAACUCCUCCAAGCAUCAUCUCACAACAACCACCACACAAUCCUACUCAAGUGGAACAAAAGAGGAGAUCAAAGAGUGUGAGUUUUAAUGUUGAAGAAGAAGAGACAAAGCUCAAACCUCUUCCGAGACCACCUUCCAUCAAUAUGAGCAACACCAACAACACUCAUCAACCCACAGCAAAUAUGCCCAUCACCAACCACACGACUACGAGCUCGAUAUAUUCUAAAAGUGAAGAGUCUUUCAAUCACAGAGCAACAAUUUCUUUUGAUAUUUAUGUAAGGCCAGAGGAGGAUGAAAUAGAUUAUCCAACCUCUUCCUUAACAACUCCUCUAACUUCCAGUGAAGUUUCCUUUGAUACAAAUUGGAAACAUGAUGGUCAUAAUUUAGAAGCCAUGAUGUGUAGACAAUCAUUUAUUGCUCCAUCCUUUGCUUCAAAAUUUGAACGUGAUUUUGGAGACAAUCAAGCCAUAGAGUAUCCACAUGUACCUCCAUCACAAUUUGACAACGAUAAUAGAUCCGAUAUAUUCAGUAUUGGAUCCUCGUACAAUCCAAAUGCUAUUCCAAAUGCCUCAAAUGCAAUGCCAAAUGGUUUUUCAAAUAUUCAAGACGAGGACGAUGAUUUUGAUGAUAAUCAAAAUUACUUUGACUUCAUUCAACUUGGAUUAUUAGAUCCAAAAGAGUUUGAUACACUGACUCAAACAUUGUGUAAAAUUUUUGAAAUAAUCUAUAUCAAAUUUGGAAUGCUUCCAAAUGAUUAUAGCUUAACUUUGCUUGACAAACAAUGUCCAUCUCAACUCUCGUCUUUAGUCUCAAUAGCAAGUAAGAGUGUAAUAAGAGAAAUUACAUUGGCAAUCAUUGAAAGAGCAAACUCAGACAAGAAAAAAGACUUGAAGAUAUUUGAUGGAAACAGCACUUCACAAGGCGUUCAAUUUAUUGCUAAGAGUAUCAGAGACAUUGCACGAGAAAGUUUAAUCAAUUUGAGGCAAGAACUUGAAACGAGCUCUCAGUUCGCUGUGUCAAAAACAGAGGUUGACAAUAAUGAACAAAUUGAUGAGUUAGAGAUGAUACCUAAAUCCAUGGUCAAAGAAAAGAAAGCUGUUGAUCGAUAUUUACAACAAGUUAACAAUGUGAAUACAAAGCUCAACGAAAAAGGAGACACUUUGGUACAUGCGGUCUGUUGGUAUGGCUAUAGAGAUGUUUUAGAAUAUCUUCACAAAGAGAAAGGAGCUAAUUUGUAUUUGAAAAACAAUGAUGGAAAGUAUCCAUUAGAUUAUUGUAUUACUCAACAUAAUUUAUCAUGCUCUCUUUAUAUUAUUGGGUCUUGCCAUUCCUUGCAACUGUUAUCCAAUGAAAAACUAAGAGAAGUUGUGAAAAGAGAUGUUCUUAGUGCUAAAAAGAAACAAGUUACCAAAUCCUUGUACCAAUGUUUAAAGAAAUCCAAGAUUAAGCCAAAUGUAAAGGAUGAGUUUGGAAUGACUCCACUACAUUAUGCCUGCAUCUUUCGUUUUGAGGGAACUGCAAAGAUACUCUUAGAUCAUCCUAACUUGAGAAUUAAUGAGGCUGACAAAAUGAAACGAACGGCACUACAUUUAUGUGCCAUUACUAACAAUUUAGAAAUGAUUGAAAGGCUCUGUAAGAGAGCUGAUAUUUAUCGAAAUGCACAGGAUGAACAUGGAGAAACAUUUUUGCAUUGUUACAUGCGAUACGUCUACUCUGAAGACAAUGGACCAAAGUAUGACAAUCCGAUUUUGCUUCUUCAUAAAAUACAAACAGAGAACAAAUGGUUUAGAAGUCCCAUUGUAGACUGUGGAUUAUUGUUAGCUCAUGCUGGCUCAUUAGAGAAAAUGAACCAAUACAAUGAUUUUGUGAUUUCUUGUUGGAAUCAAAUUGUGAAGUUUGGUUUGAAUGAAAGUUUUAUCAUUGUCGAUCAUGGUCUAUUAGAAGGAAUUGUUGAUUCAGAGGUUGUUAAAUUUUGUAUUAUAUCAACGUUCAAACAAUUCAUAAUUCCUCCAAAAAGAAACCACAAGAGACCUUAUCGAAUGUACAUGGGUAUUGGAAUGGACACAGGCCUAAGGAAAAAGUCAGUCAAUUUUAUUCCUGGUUCCACGAGUAAGGACGCCAAUUAUUAUUUAAAAAUUAGAAGCUAUGGAUCUCCAAAUUUAAACGAAGUUCAGUUUAAAGACAUUACAGAAUCAGGUGGAAGAAUAUUCUAUAUUAAUGGUGUCUCUGUAAGAGAAUGUGUUCAAAAGAUGAAUGCCUAUCUCAUUGAAGCAGUUUACAAAGGUGACAUUAAUCGAGCUAAAAAAGAUGGAAGGUAUGACUGUGGAGCACAGUUGGAGCUAAAACGUAAACCUGUAGUUCAAGUCAAGUAUGGAAAAUCUAUCAAACAUCUAAAGACAGCCACCAUUUAUCAUCAAGUGAUUGAUGUUGCUACCUUAAAAACAUAUACAUUCUCUGCCAUCGAUUUAAAGGAUUUACAAUUUCUAUUUACUGAUUUGCAGAACUUCCCAGAAGACUCUCGAGCCACAUGGAUUCAAAAUUCACACAAACAAACUCCACUAGCAUUGGCCAUCUCUCUCAUUCGACAUUUAGUGAAAAACAACAAGGUAGAACAAAAUUCCAUCCUCACCUUGCCCAUCACCGCUUUCAAAAUGUAA